AUGCAUGAUGGAGUGAGGAAGCAUCUUGAUGAAGAGAGGAAGCACCUUGAUGAAGAGAGGAAGCACCUUGAUGAAGAGAGGAAGCACCUUGAUGAAGAGAGGAAGCACCUUGAUAAAGAGAGGAAGUACUUUGUUGAAGAGAGGAAGCAUCUUGAUGAAGAGAGGAAGUACUUUGUUGAAGAGAGGAAGCAUCUUGAUGAAGAGAGGAAGCACUUUGUUGAAGAGAGGAAGCACCUUGAUGAAGAAGAGAGGAAGUACUUUGAAGAAGAGAGGAAGCACUUUGAAGAAGAGAGGAAGCACUUUGUUGAAGAGAGGAAGCAUCUUGAUCAAGAGAGGAAGCACCUUGAUGAAGAGAGGAAGUACUUUGAAGAAGAGAGGAAGCACCUUGAUCAAGAGAGGAAGUAUUUUGUUGAAGAGAGGAAGCACCUUGAUGAAGAGAGGAAGCAUCUUGAUCAAGAGAGGAAGCACCUUGAUGAAGAGAGGAAGCACUUUGAUGAAGAGAGGAAGUAUUUUGUUGAAGAGAGGAAGCAACUUGAUGAAGAGAGGAAGCUGCAUGAUGGAUGCAUGAUGGAGUGA